GAAAGAAAUUUUGAUUUUAGCCAGAAGCGACUUGUUGCCAUCCUGAUGGAAAGUGUGGAUAGUGAAGACAAAUUGGUACCAUAUAUCAGUGACAUUUUGACGUAGACAAGUAAAAAUGUCAGUCUCCAAAGCACUCAAGUCAUCAAAACUUGUGUCAUGGAAACCUGUUCGUACGGGGCGUCUUCAGCAAACCCUAGCGGGAUGCGUGGAGAGGAACGGCGUGGGUCUGCAUUCGGGGAAGGUUUCGUCGGUGAGGCUGUGGCCGGAGCUCGCUUCCCGAGGCAGGUACUUCGAAUUUCGUUGCCGUUCGAUUCCCGCCGCUAUCGAGUUCGCUCAGAUUUCGCCGCUGUGCACCUCUCUGAGCAAGGACGGGUUCCGAAUUCGAACCGUGGAGCAUUUGCUUUCGGCUUUGGAGGCUUCGGGUGUUGAUAACUGCAGGAUUGAGAUUGAGGCUUUUGAUGAUAAAGAGAUCGACGCUGAGAUUCCUAUAUUUGAUGGGUCAGCAAGGGAAUGGGUGGAAGCAGUGGAAGAAGUUGGUUUAGCGGUGGCCACUGAUCUUGAUGGCAAUUGUGUUGAGAAAAUGGCACCACAUGUGAAUGAACCAGUGUGUGCUUGGAGAAAUGAUUCUUUUGUCGUUGCAUUUCCUUCUCCAGCUGUUCAAAUAACUUAUGGCAUCAAUUUUCCGCAGGCACCUGUUAUUGGCCGCCAAUGGUUUUCUACUUACCCCUUGGAUAAUUUGGUUUAUUCCAUGCAGAUAGCUUUGUCAAGAACCUUCUGCAUUUAUGAGGAGAUUGAACCUAUGCGCAAUGCUGGACUUAUCAAAGGAGGUUCUCUAAAGAAUGCCAUUGUUUGCAGUUCCAGUAAAGGUUGGUUGAAUCCACCUCUGCAUUUCAUUGAUGAACCAUGUCGUCACAAGAUCUUAGACCUCAUUGGUGAUCUCUCGAUGGUUGCUCAAUCGGGGAAUCAAGGACUCCCAGUAGCACACAUCGUAGCUUACAAGGGUGGCCAUGCAUUGCAUGCUGAUUUCGCACGCCGCCUGAUAGGAAUGAGUGGAAAGUCCAACAUGUUGACAAUGGUUGCUGAGAAGCUGUUCUUUUAGGUGACUUCUGAGCUUCUAUGCAUAAUGAAAUUGUUAUAGCUGGAUGAGAAAAUUUUGGUAGAUAAUUAUUUUUUGUAGAAAUUUUAAAUGUUUUAUAUCAAACUAUAUUUUGUUUGGCUAAUAUUUUUUGAAAGAAAUUGAAACUAUCAAAACACAGGAAAGGACUGAUUACUUAAAA